ACUUGACAGAGUUCAAACUCGACGCACAUAGAAGAGGUACAGUAAAACCCUUAACUUAUGGCUAGAGUUUGUAUUCAGGUCCACUUAAAUGACUGGUGCGUUAUUUGUAAAAGUACAGAAGUAUGCUACGUAGAAGUAGUAAUAAGUUAUAGCUGUCAGGUUAUUGUAGUGGAGUAAAAAGUACAAUCUAAUGUCUCUUGCAUGUAGUGAAGCAGAAGUAUAAAGUUGCAUGCAGUACAAUUAUAAUACAAAAGUAAAGUAAGUGAAUAAAUGUACUUAGUUACUUUCCACCACUAGUGCCACAAACAGACUCCCAAACUCAUUUUUCUACCUGGUGGAGCUUCUUUUUUUUUUUCAGGUGGAGCUUUUUUAUUUUAAUCCCUAUUAUAGCCUACUUUAUUCUGUCAGCCAUCUGUUCUUAACUUGCAAGCAUCAUUAAACAAACCUGCGUGUGAUAUUUAGGAGAGAAACAAAUGUAUCUUGUGGACCUGAUGGGACAGAUGGGAGUAAGGAUGCUUCACAGGAACCCGCUGCAGGCUGCCUGGCUUUGUUGUCUGUUGGCUGUUCAGGUGCACAGCUGUCCAGAUACCUGCGGCAAGUGUUCAGGCCCAGAAAAUGACCAGUGUGAGGAAUGCAGAGCAGGAUGGACACUUCAUAAUAACGCCUGUGUAGACGUUGAUGAGUGUGGCACGGAGCUGGGUAUCUGUCCUACAAACAGCUACUGCUUCAAUACAGAUGGUUCCUUUGAGUGCAGAGACUGUGACCCGGCCUGUGUGGGCUGUAUGGGUAGCGGACCAGCACGCUGCAGGAAAUGUGCCUCUGGGUACACACUGACAGGGUCCAAGUGUUUGGAUAUAGAUGAAUGUAGUGACAGGGUACUUGCCUGUCAUGGUCUGGAUGAGAUCUGUACCAACACAGAAGGCUCCUUCCGCUGCGACUGUGCUGAAGGAUUCAUUCAUAGGGACGGCGUCUGUGUGAAGAAGCAGCAGCCUGGUGUUCAGGAAAAAGGUCUAUUUGAGGAUAUUCAGGAUGACGAGGUGGAGGUGCUGCAGCAGAUGAUCUUCGGGGUGGUGCUUUGUGCUCUGGCCACGCUGGCUGCUAAGGGGGAUUUGGUUUACACAUCUGUAUUCAUGGGAGCAGUGGCAGCCAUGGCAGGGUACUGGCUUUCUGACAGGGGAGACCGUUUGUUAGACAGCUUCUUAAAGGGACGUUAAAGCUCAAAAAGACUUUAACAUUUCAUGUGCCACUGCUCAGCAAGGCCUGAAACAAUCCCUGUCCAGAUGGACAAUGUCACACUUUUCUAUCUGUAAGAUCAUUUAUGGCAACAUUUUAACAACCACUGAGCCACCAUGAAAAUAAUAUAAAACCAAGUUAAGUGUACAGAGAGUAAAUCUACCCACCAUAGAAAAAGAACAUCCCUUCUUUCAUAUUUGAAGCCUUUUACUGAAAUUCAGGUUUUAGAUGCAGAUACCCAGAAGAAGUGACAAAUCAGGUGACCGCUUCUUCUGUUGUCUGACUGACUAUGGAAAAUAUUUUUUUAAUUUUCACCGGCUAGGAUUGAUCAUGAUUCUUCGUCACUACACAGUUUUUAGAUAUCAUCCUGUAAUAUCACAGAGAUGGGCAACAUGAGUGUGGAAGUUUAUUCUUGACCUUGUAAAUAGUAGUAUGACAAUUCAAUUCAAGGUCCACUUACCAGCUUUGUCUGUAGCCUUUCAGCUGUAUUUUACUGUCUUCAUCAAUGAAUGGUGUUUGCUUUGUUAUCGUCACAAACUCCAGUAACUGAUGAGGACCGCAAGAUGCAGUUGAAGACUUUUAAAUGACUGUCCAGCUGUACCACUUUUCUGUAAUGAGCUGGAAAUUGCUUUUUAUUGUUUUCAAGCAGCUACCUUGUUCUGGCAUUUGGAGCCACCAACAAACAAUGGUGUCAAUUGUAGCUUGAAUAAAGAAGAAUUUACAGCUUGCUUGAAUUUGUUUGCAGAAACCAUGUACUGUAUUAGAUUUGCUUCUUAUACUGUAACAAUGGCACUUCAUUUGUAACAUGUACAUUAUACUAUAUAGUAAUAUUUCUAAUGCCCCUUUCCUCCAUGUGCACACUGUAAACCCAUAUUUAGUUGUAUUUAAACUUUUUAGUGGUCAUUACUUAUUCUUUCAUGUUUUGUUAAAAAACAAAAUUAUUACUAAAUCACAUCUGUAAUGAUCAGCUUCAGCAUGCAGUACACAGAUCUUAUUAAGCAGAGAUAACUAAGGAUCUUAAGCUUCUGUAUGGGAGGGGCGGGGUCAUUUGAACUGUUCUGUGCUGAAGCGAUGCAAAGGCUCAGGGGAAAAAAAUAUGUUAAGGGUUAGGGUUAGUUUCUGUCCUAGUUAAAGUGUGUUUUUAUAAUGUUCUGUUAAUGUUGGGUGAGCAUUUAUGUUUAUAUCUGGGUUUUAGUUUUGUAUGGUUGAUUUAGGAUUCAUGUUAGCUACAUUUAUUGUUGUACCAUGACCGAGACCCGGGUAGGGACUGAUGGGGUCUGGGCAGUUAAAACCUGUUCAGUGUUUACUACAGAGUUUGGAAAUCAGUAACUGUGUCUCUAGAGAGAAUUGUUCUACACAGCACAGGGCAUUGGAAAGCUUCAGUGUUUUAUAUGCAAUCAUUUUUUUCUGUUUCUAUGGACUGAGUACAUUGAAUACAUCACAAAGUAAAAAAACAUAUUUAUAUAAACAAAGUAUGUCUCUAGUAUUGAUAAGUAGCCUAAUGUUUCUUUGUAUUUUUAACUUAACAAGCUUAUUUUAGACAGCGUGACUCCAGAAACAAACGAUUUAUAGUAAUGACUACUAAUGUAAACUAUUUUUAAACUGAUUUGUCUACUGCAUCAACUUACCGCUCUAUGUUAAUACAACUUAACCUGUUAAGUUUCACCUUGUGUAAAAACUAAGACGGUUUAAGGCAACGGGUUUCUACUCAAAUUAACUUCCUAAAAAGUAAACUAAUUCGGGAUAACAGUGCACAUGUUGUCUUAAGUAUAUAAAACACUGAAAUAAAAGUUCUGUGUCAACA